AUGGCUUCUCUUCUUCUCAUCCUUGCAACACUUCUCAUUUCCUCUAUCUUCACCAUCAUCUUCAUCUUCAUUUCUAACAAAAAGAAAAAAACCAACAAAGCUCCACUACCACCAGGCCCAACAGGGUGGCCAAUCGUCGGCAACCUUCUUCAACUCGGAUCCAAACCACAUGAAACACUGCACGACCUAUCCAAAAUCUAUGGCCCUCUCUAUAGACUCAAGUUGGGCUCGGUCACCUUCGUUAUCGCCAACUCUGCCGAUGUUGCCUCACAGUUCCUCCGCACUCAUGACGCCAACUUUUCUAACCGACCACCAAACACCUUCGGUGACCACAUGGCCUACAACCACAAAGGACCAGCGUUCGUUCCCUACGGCCCUCGCUGGCGCAUGAUCCGCCGCUUGUCCAAUACCCAUCUCUUCUCCACUAAAGCUCUUGACGACCUGCGCCAAGUCAGAGAGGAGGAGGUGGCGAUGCUGGCUCGUAAGUUCGUGCAAGCAAAGGAUACUAGUGUUAGUGUCGGUGUGGAAGUUGGGAAAGAGUUGAAUGCUUGUGCAGCCAACGCCUUAACAAGAGCCCUGUUCAGGAGACGAGUGUUUGAAGAGGACAAUGGCCCAGACGUUGGAGAGUUUAGGAAGGUAUUAGAUGAGGUCUUAAAGCUCGCCACAGCUUUGAGCGUUGAGGAUUUCAUCCCAUGGGUCAAAGCUUUGGAUUUACGUGGCUUUGGGUCUAAGCUGAAGAAGCUUCACCGUUGGUAUGAUGAUACUUUAACCAAAAUCGUAGAGGAGCACAAGACUAGGCCGAAGAUUGCAAAUGAAGGUGAAGCUGAAGGAAAAGAUUUUCUUAGUGUGCUCUUAGCAUUGAAGGAGGCUGAUACUAAAGAUGAAGAAACUGAUAACAAGCUCACUGAUACUGACAUCAAAGCCUUGCUCACGGUAUUGUUCACUGGAGGGACAGACACGACGUCAAGCACGGUGGAGUGGGCGCUAGUGGAGCUUAUCCGGCACCCGGACAUCCUCGCCGCCGCCCAGAAAGAGUUAGAUUCUAUUGUUGGUCGGUCUCGGCUCGUGUCAGAGCUUGACCUGAAUAACAUUCCAGUCUUGCAAGCCAUCAUCAAAGAGACGUUCCGGCUCCACCCACCUGUCCCACUCUUAAUCCCACACACAGCCUCAGAGGCAUGCGAAGUGGCUGGCUAUCACAUCCCCAAAGCUGCCACCCUUCUAGUCAACACAUGGACCAUAUGUAGAGACCCGGAUGUUUGGUCUCGACCACUUGAGUUUGACCAUAGCCGGUUCCUCCCGGCGCAAAAGCACGCUGACGUGGAUGUGAAGGGGAGCCACUUCGAGCUGAUCCCGUUCGGCACCGGCCGCCGGAUAUGCCUCGGAAUGCGGCUUGGGCUGAGGAUGACCACGUUCUUGCUGGCCAGCUUGGUGCAUGGUUUUGAUUGGGCCUUGCCUGAUGGGCUUACUCCUGAGACUUUGAAUUUGGACGUUGAGUUUGGGCUCACUUUAGAACGUAGUGUUCCUCUGGUGGCCCGACCCAUCCCAAGAUUGGACCAUGAAGCGUAUGCCGCAUAG